UCCCUUUUACCAUCUUUAACUCUGCCAGCUUGAAUAUGUGUUGUGAAGUCAACCUAAUGGACCUACGACGAACAGAGAAAGGUUGCAUAUCCAUCAGAUUUACUUUGAAACACAGAAGGUGGUGGUCUGACCUGCUGUUGAUCAAUUAAAAUACAUUCAGUUUAUUUUAAUCUAAACUGGUUCUGAUUCAUCUGCAGCUCCUUUGGUUGUUCCAGUCAGAGAGAUGAAGAAGCUCUGUCACCCGUCUAACAACAUCCUGAUAGUCAGUAAUUUACUGCUUGUCUUCUUUCUUCCAGGUGCUUUGGCUCAUUGCGGUAGUUCUCUAACCCAGCACAUGCAUACACCCCCUGAGAUUGAAGCUCUGAUUGGAUCUUGUGUGGAAAUCCCAUGUAGAUUUGAUACUUUGCCAGGAUUUGACAUCAGCAAACCCAUUUUCGGAAUCUGGAUGAAAAAUAAGGCGUCACAUCAUGAGGGAGCAACGGAACUUAUAUUUAACAGCAGUGGGUCAAUUAACACCCAUCAAAUGGAAAUAACUGGAGAUCUGACAGCGAAAAACUGCAGCACUCGGAUUCCUGAUUUAACAGCAGAUCAUACAGACAAGUACUUCUUAAGAAUUGAGAACGGGGCCACGACAGCAACAUUUUGUGAUGAUCCUUUUACGUUGACAGUUAACGAUUCUCCUUGGACUCCCAUUAUUGUUGUUUCUGGACGUAAUCUGAGGGAGCAUCAAUCUGUCACAAUAACCUGCUCAGCUUAUACACCCUGUUUACUCUCACCUCCUGAACUCACCUGGAACCUCAAAAAAGACUCUCGCAGACAAAUAGAGAAAAGUACUGAUGGAACCUUGACAAGUAAACUCCAGGAGAGCAUCACUUUGUCAGACGAGCAUGAUGGAUACACCAUCAACUGCACUGCUAGAUAUCCUGUGAGAAACGGAUUCAAACAGGCAGAGUCAACAAAGCUUCUCAAUGUUUUAUAUGCUCCUAGAAACACCUCAGCAUCCAUCAGUCCAUCAGCUUUGGUGUCAGUAGGUAGCAGGGUGGAGUUGAGCUGCUCCAGCAGAGCCAAACCUCCACCCAGCUUCUCCUGGUUCAGGAAGGAGAGACAAAGAUUCAUUAAAGAGUCUUCGGAGCAGGCUUACAGCUUCAGUGCUUCUCUUCAAGAAGCCUAUGAGUGUGAGGCCCAAAAUACGCUUGGUAGAGAGGAAUCGGAAACCAUCUGUGUUGACAUCAUUGGUGCUCCUGUGACUCCCAAAAUUACAAUACCUCCUGGUACACUGAAGGAGGGCAAAACUGUCACUAUAACCUGCUCAGCUUCAACUCCCUGUAAAAACUCACUUCCUGAACUCACCUGGAAUCUCCAAGAAGACUCUCACGAACAAACAGAGGAAAACGCAGAUGGAACCUUUACAAGAAAAAUCCAGAAGAGCAUCACUCUGACAGACAAACAUGAUAGAUCCAACAUCAGCUGUUCUUCCAGACAUCCUUUUAAUGGACAAAGAAACAUAGUUGUGACAAACGUGACUCUCAAUGUUCUCUAUGCUCCUACAAACAUCUCAGUAUCCGUCCAUCCAUCACAAUUGGUGCGUAAAAAUUCUGUAGUGAGCGGGGUGUGCACCAGCAAUGGCAACCCUCCUCCCACGGUUAGGUGGGUGUAUUACGGACCCGGGAUGAACGAAACAACCCCUUCAGAAAAAGACCAUUGGUACGAUGCUACUGAACAAGCAGAAUUUUACUGUUAUGCUAGAAAUGAAAUGGGUUAUCUGCUAACGGAUCUCUUCUGUAUUGACCUCUACGAUCUUCCUUUGACUCCCGUAAUCAAUAUACCUUCUGGUGAACUGAUGGAGGGCCAAACCGUCACUAUUACCUGCUCAGCUACAAGUGGGUGUCCACUCUCUCGUCCUGAACUCACCUGGAAUCUCGGACAAGACUCUCUCAGACAAGCAGUGACACGCCGAACUAAAUAUUCAAGUGAAAUCCAGAAGAACAUCACUCUGACAGAGAAAUAUGAUGGAUACAACAUCAGCUGUUCUUCCAGUCAUCCUUUAAAUAGAGAAAACAACACAGUUGUGACAAACGUGACUCUCAAUGUUCUCUAUGCUCCUAGAAACACCUCAGUAUCCAUCCAUCCAUCAGAUUCGGUGUUAAACAGUACACAUGUUAUCAUGACAUGCUCCAGCAGAGCCAAACCUCCUCCCGACUUCGUGUGGUUAAAGGAAGAUAAAUUAGGAUUAAGGAAAGUCUCAGAAAGUUACAAUAUGGAGUUCAUUGCUCAUGAGCGAGGAGACUACCACUGUAUGGCCACAAAUAAUAUUGGUAGUGAGAAAUCAGAAAGCAUCUGUAUUGACCUUCUUGAUCAUCCUUUCACUCCCGCAAUCAAUAUACCUUCUGGUGAACUGGUGGCGGGCCAAACCGUCACUAUUACCUGCUCAGCUUCAAGUUGUCCACGCUCACGUCCUGAACUCACCUGGAAUCUCGGACAAGACUCUCUCAGACAAGCAGUGACAAGCCCAGCUAUCUAUGCAAGUGAAAUCCAGAAGAACAUCACUCUGACAGACGAACAUGAUGGAUACAACAUCAGCUGUUCUUCCAGACAUCCUUUUAAUGGACAAAGAAACAUAGUUGUGACAAACGUGACUCUCAAUGUUCUCUAUGCUCCUAGAAACACCUCAGUAUCCAUCCAUCCAUCAGAUUCGGUGUUAAACAGUACACAUGUUAUCAUGACAUGCUCCAGCAGAGCCAAACCUCCUCCCAUUAGCUUCAUCUGGUACAAGGAAGAUAAAUUAGGAUUAAGGAAAGUCUCAGAAAGUUACAAGAUGGAGUUCAUUGCUCAUGAGCGAGGAGACUACCACUGUAUGGCCACAAAUAAUAUUGGUAGUGGGAAAUCGGAAAGCAUCUGUAUUGACCUCAUUGAUCUUCCUUUGACUCCCACAAUCAAUAUACCUUCUGGUGAACUGGUGGCGGGCCAAACCGUCACUAUUACCUGCUCAGCUUCAAGUUGUCCACGCUCACGUCCUGAACUCACCUGGAAUCUCGGACAAGACUCUCUCAGACAAGCAGUGACAAGCCCAGCUAUCUAUGCAAGUGAAAUCCAGAAGAGCAUCACUCUGACAGACGAACAUGAUGGAUACAACAUCAGAUGUUCUUCCAGACAUCCUGCAGCUGAAAAAAGCAACAUAGCAGAAACAGAAGUGACUCUCAGUGUUUCCUAUGCUCCUAAAGAAACCUCAGCAUCCAUCAGCCCAUCAGGUUUGUUGUCAGCAGGUAGCAGGGUGGAGCUGAGCUGCUCCAGCAGAGCCAAACCUCCACCCAGCUUCACCUGGUUCAGGAUCAGUGAACAUGGAGACAUUAAUGUGUCUGUGGGGAAGGUUUACAAUUUCAGUGCUACUCGUCCUGAAGAAGGAGAAUAUUACUGUGAGGCCACAAAUGAGAUCGGUAGUGAGAAAUCAACAAGCAUCUGUAUUGACAUCAGUGAUUAUCCUUCGACUCCCACAAUCAAUAUACCUUCUGGUGAACUGAUGGAGGGCCAAACCGUCACUAUUACCUGCUCAGCUUCAAGUAUCUGUCUACGCUCACGUCCUGAACUCACCUGGAAUCUCGGACAAGACUCUCUCAGACAAGCAGUGACAAGCCCAGCUAUCUAUGCAAGUGAAAUCCAGAAGAGCAUCACUCUGACAGACGAACAUGAUGGAUACAACAUCAGAUGUUCUUCCAGACAUCCUUUACAUGGACAAAGAAACAUAGUUGUGACAAACGUGACUCUCAGUGUUUCCUAUGCUCCUAAAGAAACCUCAGCAUCCAUCAGCCCAUCAGGUUUGUUGUCAGCAGGUAGCAGGGUGGAGCUGAGCUGCUCCAGCAGAGCCAAACCUCCACCCAGCUUCACCUGGUUCAGGAUCAGUGAACAUGGAGACAUUAAUGUGUCUGUGGGGAAGGUUUACAAUUUCAGUGCUACUCGUCCUGAAGAAGGAGAAUAUUACUGUGAGGCCACAAAUGAGAUCGGUAGUGAGAAAUCAACAAGCAUCUGUAUUGACAUCAGUGAUGCUCCUUUGACUCCCAGAAUUAGUAUCUCUACUUAUACUCUGAAGGAGCGUCAGUCUGUCACUGUAACCUGCUCAGCUUCAACUCGCUGUCCACACUCACCUCCUGAACUCACCUGGAAUCUCCAACAAGACUCUCUCAGACAAACAGAGAAAAACGCAGAUGGAACCUUUACAACUAAAAUCCAGACGACCAUCACUCUGACAGACACACAUGAUGGAUACAACAUCAGAUGUUCUGCCAGAUAUCCUAUGGCAGGAAAAAGCAAGACAGAAGUGGCAGAAAUGACUCUCAAUGUUCCAUAUGCUCCUAAAAACACCUUAGCGUCCAUCAAUCCAUCAGCAGGUACUUUGGUGGAGCUGAGCUGCUCCAGCAGAGCCAAACCUCCACCCAAAAUCACCUGGUUCAAGAAAGGCCCGAAAGGAAUCACUAAAGUAGCUACAGGGAACUCUCUCAAGGUUGAAUUCACAGAGGGCGAUGAGUACUACUGUGUAGCUGCAAAUAAGCUGGGAAAACAGAAAUCAUCACCGAUCAAUCUCACAGUAAAAGGUCCCAGCGGACCUGAAGUCUGGAUUCUUGCACUAAUAGGGGCCGUGGGAAUAAUACUUCUUGUCAUUAUAGUCCUCAUCUAUGACAACUUCAAAUCCUCCUAAUCGAGUCAAGCUCAUGAGUGAAGCAUUAAAAUAAAAUGCUGCAACCUUC